AUGUUUUACAACGUUGUGAGUGUUGAUGAGAUUCUUUGAACUUGGGCUUAAGUGCCGUGUGUUGAUCCGAGUCCUGAUCACUCGAAGUUGACGCGAUUUAUCACCGCUCCGUAGGACAUCCUUUCCCGCCGUCGACACGGCUUCGGCAUCUACUGGCUCGCGGCGACGCUCGGCUCGCGAGGCGGCGUCGCAUCCAAGAAGUUGACACGCAAAGAGGUCAUGUCCUGCAACCUCGUGAUUGCGUGCCAGAAGUUGGCGACCCCGGAUGAGCCUCUUGCGCUGAGGCUGCAAAGCAACCUCUUGUGUGGGAUCGCUAGGGUCUAUCAGCAGCAGGUCAGGGGCACCCAAGCUUCUCUUCGUGUGGGGAUAGGGCUGCCCCUAUCUUGUCUCAUCCACUAACUCGGACCAAUGCCUUGCCCUGAUUCAGUGGACCAUAUACUCGGGAGAAGUGAUUCACUUUCAUCAACAUCUCAGAAAGGCCUUCUCCGAGGCUCUUAAACGGUCAGACUUUUCAUCUCCGGGUCUGCGAUUGGGACUGCCGCUCGGAAUCGCGCAAUCUACUUAUCUCAGCGAGCUGGUAUUUCACCUGCGUCGACCCUUUCACCAGUGAUACCGAAGCAAACGAUCAACAACUCGCACCUCCUCAAGUAGCGACCCACACUGCACGCAACCAGAUUACUCUCGGCUGGGAUCCGGCUCUUGCGGUGCUUGGCUGGGACGCCGAGUAUGAGCAGAUGAUUGAUUGGUCCGAGACCGCAGCAAGGAUAGGAGUGGGAGAGGAUAUUGAGGAGCUGUCGAGUGGUCUUCAGAUCGAAAAAGAUGCGGGUGGGUCGACGUAAUUUUGCUGCGGUUGCAAGCAGCACGAAUCAGUCCCAGGCGCCGUUGAUACGGCCGGUGCUGAUCAUCCUCGUUAUGAACACUUUGCCCGUACGAAGCUCCAGACGUCUCUCGGAUCACACUGCGCGAACCACAUCUCGAGCAGUAUCGCGCGGAGGACGUGCCCGCCUACGGCUUCGACGAGGGUUUAGGGGCUGAUUUUGAAUUCGGCGAAGGGGAGCUGGUACGUUCUUGUUCAGUACCUGAAAGAUAUUGAAAUCCACAGCUACUCACUUCCCCUGACUUGAUUCAACUAUGACAGGGACUCUUGGAGGGGCAGUUCCCCGAACUCGACGCACAAAUCCGCGCGGCGUCCUUGCGAUCCAGGUCCGCGGCAGCGAGUUUGCGUGGGGCUGAUUGGACUUCCAGCGUCGGUGGAAUCUUGCCUGACGUCGAGGACAUGGGAGGCUUUGAGCAAGAGUGAGGAACUACGCUUGAUACCCUUCUUCGCACAUGUGUUGCAGUCCAACUAACGAGCGAAUAUUACAGCUUUACUAUGGAGUUCGGUGGGGAAGGCUAUGGCGCACCUGAAGUUCCGGGGGGCUUGCCAGGGGUUGAAAAUGUGAGUAGGUUUCUGUUCGCAACUUGUCGCUGUGACCUAUGGUCGAAAAUGAGUUCUAGCUACUCGAUACAGGAACCCUUGCCUCCGGGUGCUGAAGAACCCUCGCGCCAACCCGAGGAUGGAGAAAUGGUCCCCGAAGCUGUUCGAGCUGCCCUAGUCGCUCGUCAAGUUGCUAAGAAGCCAAGGGUGUGUUCGCAAGUUUCAGACCGAAGCCAUGGCUCACAUGCUAACAUUUAACCUCAUCACAGAGAGGGCUGAUCGACAGUUCAACUGCAUUGGACGACAACACCAUUCGAGAGAUGCGUAGCUCCUAUGCCGACCGCAUGAAGGAAGAACGAGUCAGAGCCGAGGUGCAGAGAGAAGCGAGGGAAGCGGUUAAGGCGGGGAUGGACGCUCUUUUUCGACCCCCUCCUGGAUGUAAGUGGGUUCUUGAUCUUAUCUUUGAUAUUACCACUGACUUGCAGGGAACAUGCAGUCGAAGGUGGACCUCUUGGAGACUGUGAGUGGUGGUUUAUGCCUGUGCGCGAUUGAAUAGCUGAUCUCGUGUCGGCUUUCAGUCUGGCACUCAACGGUCACGGACUCUCUCGUACCUCUGGGAGGAGGGCAAGCCAGUGGUCAGCCAUCUUGUAUCUCCGUGAUCGUGUCACAUGCCUCUGACUUCGUGACUUUACAUGGUAGUCGACCGUCAAGCUCGCGUCCCCGGCACGCCACCGACUGUGGAGGAGGCUCGAGCAGCUGCGGCGAGGAUGAGGGUUUCAUCCGUCGAGUUUGGCCGUCCAUUCGAACGCGGAUUCUCGCCUGCUCUAGAAUUUGGCGGUGAGGGAUACAUGGGUGAGUCGACGUAUUUCGCUUACGAUUUCGGUUGUCAGGAGCUGACUCCCUCGUGAUUCUUGCAGGUCCCGACUUUGAGGACAUGGGAGGGCUGGACAUUGCGGCAGAGUAUUUCCCAGAGGUCAGUGCAAAUCGCCGCAUACAGCAGUAACAGAACUAAUCAGAAUCGGAAUUUGGGGCACUGCUGGACAAUUAACAGCCUGAAGUAGGCCGCGCGGCUUCGCACCGCGAGUCGGUGGUGCCUUGGCAUGCUGAAGAUGUUACCAGUGAUGUUGGGGCUCCUGAUUAUGGUGAGCUGUCAUGCUGAGCUAUGACCAAUUCGCUCUUAGAAUCUGACGUAUCCAUCACACCCUGUGUGGACAGAAAGAGCACCCUCUGCUCUCGGUCGCGUGUCGCUCGAGACCCCUGUGCGAGCCCGAGCGCGCACCGCUUCCCUCUUGGGUCGUUCUCGCCCUCCUUCGGUCCUUCAGCCCGAAGUGGCAAAAGGUAAGAUUCUGUAAGCUGUCUAUCGCAGCUUUCCUAUGUAGGAAUCUGAGGCCCCUUGCGCUUGUCCACAGUUGCCAAAUCCAAAACGACCACUUCCGACCUCGGUGUACCUCAAGAACUCGAAUCGCUCAAAUUCCUCGCUUAUGCGCGUCGAGUCCAACCGACCGUGGCCGAGGAAGAUGGUACAUUUCGUUUUGUGGACUUGGUUCCUAGGUAUCAGUCGGGAAAAAGUGUUGCGGCGAUCGGGUUUUAUCAUUUGUUGGUUUUGGCGACGAAGGAGGAGAUUGACGUGGUGCAGGCGGAGUCAUUUGCCGAGGUGAGAGUGGAGGUGGUGCUGGGAGUUGAGAGUACAAGCUGA